GAUUCUCCCAUCUCAUACCAAUUCCUCUACGUCUUCUACAAAAACAGCCGCUGCUGAGGACGCUGGAGAGAAAAGGAGACCCCCUCCCCUUCACAGUUUCAACCAUCUCUCCCCCAAUGGCAAGCAAGCUCCAUGUAGAAGAGCCCCGAAACCAAUUGGCUCAGCGUGGUCUCCCCACCACCGGAGCGAAGGCCACCCUGGUUCAGAGGCCCGAUUCUGCUCUUCGCGAGGAGAAGAAGCAACCCACAGGCGCAAGUGAUGGUUCAGCAGCAGAAGCUUCACGGGUUAGUAGAAAGAGGGAAGGGAAGUUAAUUGAAGAGGAGGGAGGUGGGGAGUCUACUGUGUCCGAGAAAAUGAAGGCCACCGAAAAGUUUAGUGGCGUGAAGCAAUUGCACGAAGAAGCCGCUCUUUGUGGAGUUUCGGCAACUGCGUCGAAAACGCUGGAGAGGCUUUCUGAACAUUCUGAUGGCAUUCCUCUAGGUAAAGCUAAUGAGGAAGGAAAUGGCGGCAAGGAGAAGAUAAUAACCGCAACCAAAAAGGGUGCGGCGGUACUGGAUCAGUGGCUACCGGAUGACAUAAAGGCAGAUUAUCAUGUUUUGCAACUGGGGGAUGAUAUAUACGAUGCCAUGUUAAACCAGACCAAUGUCAGUCGUAACAAUAACACAUUCUAUGUGAUUCAAGUUCUUGAAUCUGAUGUUGGUGGAAGUUUCAUGAUUUACUAUAGAUGGGGGAGAGUAGGUUUUAAGGGUCAGAACAAGCUAGCUCCUCACGCAUCCCGCGAGAGCGCGAUCAAGGAGUUUAAACAGAAAUUCCGUGACAAAACCGGGAAUGAUUGGUCCAAUCGAAAAAUGUUCCAGCUUAUCCCAUCCUGCUAUAUGUGGAUAGAAAUGGAUUACAAUGAAAAGGAAGAGCAGUCAGCUGUCAGUAUCCACAACUCUUGGUCUAUGUUUGUCGAAGAAAAGAAUGGCUCUGCUUUAGGACGUCAACCUUUGGAAACACAACUUGAGCCCUGCAUUGCAAAUUUUAUAUCUCUUAUUUUCAACGUCGACAUGAUGAAGCAGCAUGUGAUGGAAAUAGUAUACAACGCUGAUAAGUUGCCUCUGGGUAAGCUUAGCAAAUCAACAAUUCUAAAGGGCUAUAACAUCCUGCGGAGGAUUUCUGAUGUGAUUGGCUCAUCUAACAGGGAAUUAAUCGAACAAUUAAGCGGAGAGUUCUACACUGUCAUUCCUCAUGACAUCAGGUUUAAAAAAAUGCGUAAAUUUGUGAUUGAUACUCCUCAGAAGUUGAAACACAAGCUAGAAAUGGUUGAAGCACUAGGUGAAAUUGAGGUUACAACGAAAUUGUUGAAGGAUGACACAGGAAUGCAGGGAGAUCCCUUGUAUUCCUGUUAUCGAAGCCUUCAUUGUGAGCUGACACCAGUUGGUGCUGAUUCUCAUGAAUUUGAUAUGAUUAAAAAAUAUAUGCGUAAUACUCAUGCAAAAAGACAUUCAACUUACACUGUUGAUAUCGUUCAAAUAUUCCGCACAUCUAAAGAGGGUGAAGUUGAACGCUUCAGGAAGUUUUCUGGUACAAAAAAUAGAAUGCUUUUGUGGCAUGGUUCUCGUCUUACAAACUGGGUUGGUAUAUUAUCUCAAGGCUUGCGCAUAGCUCCACCUGAAGCCCCAGAGACUGGUCACAUGUUCGGGAAAGGAGUUUACUUUGCAGACAUGUUCUCCAAAAGCGCAAAGUAUUGCCAUGCAUCUAAUGGCUGUACAUCUGGGGUGCUGCUUCUAUGUGAGGUUGCGCUGGGCGACAUGGCUGAGCUUUUAACCGCUAACUACGAUGCGGACAAGUUACCCGUAGGAAAACUAAGCACUAAAGGAGUUGGGGGAACUGAACCAGAUUUUUCAGAAGCUCAGUUACUAGAUGACGGUGUCGUGGUUCCCCUGGGAAAGCAGAAAGAGAAUACAAGCCACGAGGGUUCAUUACGGCACAAUGAGUACAUAGUUUACAAUGUGGAACAGAUCAGGAAGCGCUUCGUUGUUCAAGUUAAGUUCAAUUUCAAGAAUGAUUAGCAUCUGGAUAUAGGUCGCGUUUGGUACGCGGGACGGAACGGAACGGAGUGGGACGAGGCAUUCCGUCCCACGUUUGGUGCGUCUAAAACGAGUGGAACGCAUUGUUCCACGGGACAAGUUUUAGAUAAUUUUUCGUUCCGCCUCCCCGUGGAACGACUUGUUCCACGUCCAUGGAACACAAAAUUAUAACAUUUUCGUCUCCUUCAUCCUCCUCGCUUCCAUCCGAGGGCAUGGGGUCGAAAUUGUAACCUUUCCGUCUGCACCUACGCCAACUACUUCUGCACCUACGCCUUCCUCUACCACCAGAAGGCGAACCAGAGCAGCCGACGACGACGAACAAGAAGAAGAAUUAGAAGGUCCAAUCUCAUUCAGGCCGUGCGAUCGGAGCAAUGGCUUGGUGGUGCUAGCGUCCCUAGCCGCCGUUGGAUGAGUUGACUCGGAGAUAGUGAGGGAGGAAGAGUCGCCGUGACCGUCUCCGGAGAAGCAGUGGCCGAUCAGGGGCUGCGAUCGGAGGGAAUAGAAGUCGAAGUCGGCGAUCUGGGUUUUGUUUAUUGAUCAAUAUUUGUGAUAAGAUCUGUUGGUUUUUGUUGAAAUGGCAUGUGGAUUCGUGGGUUUUAGGGGGUUUUCGUUUUUGAUGAAAAUGUUCGAGGAUUUAUGAACUGGGUUCUUGAAUUUACAUGCAGACACUUUUUAGAUUCUUGAAUCAGAUGCAGGAAGAUCCAAUCUGAAUUGGGUUUUGCAAUUAAGUUUAUUAUGCUUCAUUAUCUGGUUUGUGGAUUUAUCAGUUUCAUGUGACUCGUUCCCGGGCAGUCUCUGCACCUCCGGCUGUGGCUCCGCGGUCAUUUGUGUUCCGUUCAACGCGUACCAAACGCAGAACAGAACAACCAACAUGUUCCGUCCCAUCCGGUUCGCGUACCAAACGCUACCAAUAUGGAACUAGAUAUGAUCGGUGUUGUAGUCAUGUACAUUUUGCCUUUAUUUAUUUAUCUUUGUUUUUC